AUGGGCGUCCUACCAAAAGGCCUCUCCUCCGUCCUAGCCAAAGCGCCCACUGACGUCGUCAUCCUCUCCUCUCUCCGCACCCCCAUCACCCGCUCCUACAAGGGUCACCUCAAGGAUGCCUACCCGGAAGAGCUCCUCUCCGUCGUCCUGCGCGCCACCCUCGACAAAGUUCCUGAGUUGAACCCGUCCAAAAUCGAAGACGUCGCCGUCGGCGUCGUCCUCUCCGAGCUUGGCGGCUCCAAAGCCGCCCGCAUGGCCCUGAACCACGUCGGCUUUGAUUCUUCGUCUACUUCCCUCUACACCGUCAACCGCGCCUGCUCCUCCUCGCUGCAAGCCAUCGCCUCCAUCGCGGCCUCGAUCCGCACCGAGGCUAUCGAUGUUGGCAUUGGCGCCGGCAUGGAGAGCAUGACGCGCAACUACGGCUCGCGCGCGAUCCCGACUUCGUACUGGCCUGCUCUCAAGGAGAGUCCCGUCAAGGACGCGCGGGACUGCGUCAUGCCCAUGGGUUUGACUUCGGAAAACGUCGCGAGCCGGUAUGGUGUCUCGCGCGAGGAUCAGGAUGCGUUUGCCGUCAAGUCGCACCAGUUGGCAGCGCAGGCGCGCGCUGAGGGCAGGUUCAAGGAGGAAAUCGUUCCGGUGACGACGCAGUACCAGGAGGUGGAUAAGGCCGGGAACAAGGUGGGCGAACCGCAAACUGUCACGGUGACGGAAGACGACGGCAUCAGGCCGACGGCGUCGCUGGAGGGCAUGGCGAAGCUGAAGCCUGCUUUCAAGCCGGACGGCGCCAGCACGGCGGGUAAUUCGAGCCAGGUCAGCGAUGGUGCGGCGGCGACGCUGUUGAUGAGGAGGAGCACGGCCACGGCGUUGGGAUUGGGAGACCGCAUUAUCGGCAAGUUUGUGGCUGCCAACACGGUGGGGUGUAAGCCGGAUGAGAUGGGCAUUGGCCCCGCGGUGGCUAUCCCGAAGCUGUUGGGCCAGCUGGGGUUGGAGAAUAAGGAUGUGGAUAGGUGGGAGAUCAACGAGGCUUUUGCCAGUCAGGCGAUUUACUGCUUGAGGGAGCUGGGUCUUGAGGAGGCUUGGAAGGAUGGUAAGGUUAACCCGGAUGGUGGUGCGAUUGCUUUGGGUCACCCCUUGGGUGCCACUGGUGCGAGAAUGGUGAGCACCUUGUUGCAUGGUCUCGGAAGGACGGGUGGUGAGGUUGGUGUGGUCAGCAUGUGUGUUGGCACUGGCAUGGGCAUGGCUGGUGUCUUUGUUAGAGAGUAAGUUUGGGAUUGUGUAAAGCUUUUGUACAUUUACUGGGACGCGAUAUCAUGGAUGAUAAACGAAGUCUGAAACGCAACCAACUCUCAUUUUAUAAGCCGAGUUCGAUCAGUGAAUUCGUACUGCGAAGGCUUCGUUGCUUCUACCAAAGCGUCAUACAACACCGAAAUUUGAUGUGAAUCGCUUUUUAGCGGUAGAAUUCAAAUGAUUUGAU